UUGCAAAAAGCCUCGAGAGUUAUGAAGACGAUCUUACGUUUCUUAAAACAUGCCUUGACUUCAUCAACAAAGAGAUGGACAUUGAACUAAUGGCAAAGCAAGAAGGCAAAACAAUGCUGCAGUACUUGAAACACAUGGACAAUGGCAAUCAGGCAAGAGUAGUGUUUCCCCAAGGGAUGAGUGUGGUGCAGGAAUAUAGAGAAAGGGCAAAGACCGGGGACAGCGUUCUGUACUUUGUGGGAUUCAUUGGCGAGAAGCUGGACACUGUGGAUGACAGCAUGGACAAACAGGCCUGGCAGAUGGAUGCAGUGCUCAUAGCCGAGUUGAAGAGUCAGGAAGACAUCUUGGCCUACUGCAGUGCAGAGAGAAGUCCUGGGGGUAACUGGGGGAACCUGGUGUUGUUCCGGCACCCCCGGGCCAUACAGAAAUGGAGUCAACUCAAGAUUCACGACAAUGCUAUAAGGGAUAUAUCUCCUGCCUACUAUACGUCUAUAAGGAUACAUCGUGGAGUGCUACCCCAGGGACUCGCCUCAGACAGGUUCACUGUAGAGAGGACGCUGUUCGUCAACUACGACAACAUCACCCAUACAGUACAACAUCGUCACAUCGAGGCGUGGCAGUCCACGCUCACAGAUACACCAACGAGGCCCAGUUAUGCUUAAUGAUGUUACAUGUUACAUUUACUAUGGACUUUUGUUACAAUAUGUGUAUGUUCUUGUUGCUUGACUAUUUAAGUGCUGCUUCUUGUUAUAUUUAAGUUUGGUUUGGGAGCUCACAUUGGUCACUCCACAUAGUUAUUCAAAAUGACAGAUUACAUGUACUUAACAUAUUUGAAAAUUCAUUUAUCCAGAAAAGUCCUUGAUAAAUCGCAUGUGUCGCAAUUUCACUCUUUGUCACAUUUACCCACUCAACUUUUAUCACGACCAAACAUAACAGAAUAGGUUCUACAGAAAGAUAAUAUAUAUGGACAAACAACUUCCUUAAUACAAUAGACAAAAAUUCAAAAAGUGCACUGGCGUACCAUUCAUGUUUAAGAUGUGCCACUCAAUUUUAUUUCAUUUUUAAGGUUCAACUCUUACAAUCUUACCCUAUUGUAUAGUCAACUGGCAUCUCCAGUUGAAACCCUGAAAACCUAAUCCACUGUAAAAACACUUAAUCUAUAUCCCGCGCGUUUGAAUCCAAUAUUCGCCUUAUAAUGUUUCUUGAUCACUUAGCACCACACUAGUAUAUACCCCAUCUCGAUCGUCAACUUGUAACAUUAUAAAAUGUGGCGGGUUUUCAACGAGAGAACAGGGAAUACAUCAAAGCAUGAUAAAAAUGACGAUGUGAAUAAAAUCCAUUGAUACGA